UGAAAAGGGGAGGGGAAGGGGAAGUCUUUUUCUAGCAGAAAAGUUGAACCUUCACACCCAUUCCAUUUAAACGUUGCCUGGAAAAACCUCUGCUUCACCUCAUCGCUGGCUGCCUACUCGGGACGGUCACAAUGGCUAUGGUAUCAGAGAUCCUGGGACAACUCUCGCUCAACAUCGGGGCCCGUGAACCCACUUUCCCCACCGUGGUACCCGCUAAGGACUUUGACCCUGACAAAGAUGCUGCCAGGAUCGAGACUGCUAUCAAAACUAAAGGGGUGGAUGAACAGACCAUCAUUGACGUCCUGACAAAGCGGACCUACUCCCAGAGAACCGAAAUCGCUUUUGCGUAUGAAAAGAGGGCAAAGAAGGACAUGGUCUCCGCCCUGAAGGGAGCGCUGUCUGGCUCUCUGGAAACCGUGAUCCUUGGAUUGAUGAAGAGCACGACCCAGUAUGACGCCUCAUUGAUCAGAGGCUCCAUCAAGGGUGCAGGAACCGAUGAAGAGACUCUGAUUGAGGUCUUGUGCUCGCGCAGCAACAAUGAGCUGGUGGAGAUCAAGAAGGUCUACAUGGAGCUGUUCAAGAAGGACCUGGAGAAAGACGUGGCAGGCGACACCUCGGGGAACUUUGCUAAGCUGCUCUUGGCUCUGGUGCAGACCAAGAGAGCAGAACCGUCCUCUAUUGUGGACUAUGAAAAGAUUGACGAAGAUGCCAGAGCCCUCUAUGAAGCCGGGGUGAAGAUAAAAGGAACCGAUGUGCCAACCUGGAUCUCCAUCAUGUCUGAGAGGAGCGUACCCCACCUGCAAAAGGUGUUUGAAAGGUACAAGAACUACAGCCCCUACGACAUGCAGGAGAGCAUUGUGAAAGAAGUUAAAGGAGACCUGCAAAAGUCCUUCCUGGUGCUAGUUAAGUGCUUUGAAAACAAACAGCUGUACUUUGCCAGCAAACUGAAUGAAGCCAUGAAGAGCAAAGGCGCCAAAGAGAAGUCGGUGACCAGAAUCAUCGUGUCGCGCUGUGAGGUGGACCUGAAAAAGAUCUGCUCCGAAUACAAAACUAACUUUGGAGAGUCUCUGCAGAAGACUAUUCUGGAACACACCAAGGGAGACUACCAGAAGGUGCUGCUCGGCCUGUGUGGACCGGAGGAGUGAAAUGAAUCACCCGUAUCAAAAGGGCCUCACUGCGCACCUCUGGAAAGGAGAACUGGAAACAUACAUAUAAAUGCGACGUUGAAGGAGAUGAGUUUGUGUCUCGAUAGAUGAAGAAUCUGUAUUAAAGCUUACUUUUGUUACGCCAAAGAAGCCUCUUUGUUGGAGUAUCAGUCUUCACUUUCUCUAUGUACGUUUAGUUCAUAGUACAUUGUUGUGUGUUGAUAACGUAGAUGACCUCUAGAGAGCGCUGUAGUAAAGCAAGAGCACGCUGCUGUGUCUCAGGCCUCAUAUCUUCAUAUCUGCCGAAGAAACGCAGAGAAUUAGAAAUAUUGAUUAUAAUAAAGUAAUUCAUCUCAAAGUA